AUGCUUUUGCCACAAAAAAAACACGAUGACCUGAAAGCCAGAAGUUCAAAAAAGAGCCCUGUGAAGCUUAGCAACUUCCAAAUGGAUCUUAAAUCAAAUACAGUACUUAUGGACAACAAAGUCCGAAUUGACGCAACCGAGGUAUCAUUCGCACCAAAAGAAAUACCACAAACAAAUAACAUAGCGUCACUCUCUGGUGUCCACUUCCAACAGCUGAUAACAAUUAAAGCGAAAGUUACAAAGAUCAGUGGUACAAAAAAAGUAACUACAGCGAAUGGAGAAAAAUGUAAAGCUGAAUGCUUCCUCAGCGAUCCACCCGGAACAAUAACAUUAACUCUCUGGGAAGACAAAAUAAAUGAAGUCAGUGAAGGAAAAACUUAUACAUUCCAUAACGUUAGAGUUAUAAAAGAAUACAAGUCUGACAAACUGGCCUUGGGCACAACGAUGCAUGACUGUACAGUGUCGGAAGCAGAGGACUUCAUUGAAUCCUUACCCCAGUCUGUUGAACUGCCUGAUUCUUUUACAACCACAGAAGCCAAGGUUGAAGUCAUUGGUCUGCUAACAUUCGGAAAGUACCUUUCAUGUUUACAGUGCCACAAAAAGGUAGCAGAUGGAUCUUUUACUGCCAAGAUUAUAAAAUGUGGUAACUGUAAUCUGACGCAAAAAAGAGAUAAAUGUAUUAAGAACUGUUUUGCACAAGUUAAAGUUUCACAAGAUGACAACCAGUUCACUGUAACAUUCUUCCAAGAACAAAUUAAAAAAGUUUUUAAUAUCUUACAACGUCCACAAACACUGGAUGAAGAAAAGAUAACAGAAGCACUCUUAGAUGCUUCAAUCUUAAAAAUAAAAUAUGACAAUAAAUCAAAGAUCAUAAACGAGGUAUCUCCCUAUAUCAUUUGA